UAGGAGAUUUUGAGUAUCGGCAAUCGAAAUAUAAGACUGAUAAGCUUAUCGAUUGCAUAGGUGUCCCCAGCUUGUCAUUUUGGGGGAUGAAUACAACGCAAUAAUAAUCUAAUAUCACAAAUAACGUUACUGACGGCAUUUUUUCCUAAUAUUUAUUUCUUCUGUGCCUCGAGAGGAUAAAUAAAUAAACAGAGUAUGUUCAACAGAGGACACUUGCGUUUAUUUGUGCUGUUCAUGGUCUUAGUUGCUGCCACAGCCGAGGACACGUGUCCUGUUACCAAGAAGGACUGCGAAUGUAACUUUUCUAGCGAUGCAGAAGACGGAGGUGAAGCGAUGGCAGCCGAUGCUGCCGGCAAGUCGGAAGUUCUUGCUGCAGCGGCAGGCGCCAUGAGCCCGCUUCUGAUUGGUGGAGCAGGAAUGGGGAUCUGGAAACUUUUGAAAAGAGGGGGUGAUGAUUCUGCACCAGGAUUAAAUCGACAGGGGUCAGACAUAUCUGACGAGUCUUACCCGCCAAAAUAUUCAAGCAGAAGUGGCUCUGUCGUCAGUGUAAAUGAUGACGUUGACAGCGGCAAAUCGUUUGCCAAUACCAGAACAAGCCGGAACUGGGGAUCUGACCCUCCUUCCGGUCCAAAAACUAGGGCACCAGGGACGCCGGGAGACGACAUCAAUGCUUGGAUGUUUUAACAUGUAAAUGAAAUUAGUAAUAUAUGUAUACAUGUUAUGAUGUAUAUGAGAGACGAAAUUGUUACUACAAUUGCAGACUUUAUCCUCUUUUUAAAAUAAUUUCAUGGUUUCAUUUCAGUCCGCACAAUAAAUGAAAAUAAAUAAAUGAAAAUGCGCAAUUAAAUAACCUGAAACUUUA